AUGACUCCCACGCGUCGUGCGAUAAUGUCACGUGCCUCGCACCUCCUUGUCCUGAUCCUUCUCUCCGCCGCCGCCAUUCACGGCGCGUCUGCCGGUCGAGCGUCCCCGCUCAAAAACCUCCUGCGCCCCGUCGCGGGGUUAAUCCGGCAUCGCCGUCCACGUGGGCCCGGGGCGCACGGCGGCCGAAAUAUUCACAAUGUCCCGUCGCAGCUGACUAAGGUCCUCCCGCACGCCGCGCAGACCGCAGCUGACGCCAUGAGCGCGCUGAGCGGCGUGACUGACGGCGCUGACAGCGCCACCGCCGCCGCCGCCGGUGGCGGCAUCACGACGUUCGCGAAACCCGGCGGCGGUGGCGGUGGCGGCGGCGGCGGUGGCGGCGGAACGACGUACUUCAACGUGAUCGAAGUCACCAAGCCGUUGCCGCGGCCCGCGGGGUCCGCGCUUUGCGGCAGCGUGACGCCGCUCGUAGACGCGCCGUUCGGCAACACCUAUGGCUCCCCGCCGACUGCGGGCAGCUACGCCAUUCCUACCGCGUGCGCGGGCGCGUGGUCCAUGGCGGUGUUGAACGUGAGCGUGCGCGUGAGCGGCGUGCAGUUCGACCGCCGCAUGUCCGUCUUCAUUGGCGACCUCGAGGUCUCGCGCUCCGUCACGGCGGAGCCUUUGGGCACGUCAGUGAAGUACUCGUUCGAGCGGGACCUCACUGCACUGUCGCCUGCUGUCAGGACCAGCAACGUGCUGUCAGUGUACCUUGAGAACGUCGUUGACCGCACUUACACAGGCAUAUUCUACGUGACCGUCUCCCUGCUCUUCUACACUGGCGGCCCAGCCCCCGCGCCCGCCGCCUCCACCAUCGUGCCCUGGUUUUCCCCCGCCGUGCUCUCCCGCUACCUCAACGUCACGGGCGGCACUGUUCUCUCCGCCUCCUCCGCCGUCUCAGGCCUGCCCGCCAACGCGGUGCGCGCGCGCUUUGACCUGCUUGUGUCCGCGCACGCACAGGACGAGUUCUACCAGUUCAACUACCCCAACUCAGCCACCUUCCAGCCCGAGGGGGGGCCGUUCCGCGAGCUAGUCCUGCAGAUCGACGGUGUAUUCGCGGGCUCCAUCUUCCCCGCGCCCAUCUUCUACACGGGAGCCGUGCACCCCCUCAUGUGGUCACCCCUCGUGGGCAACGGCAACUUCCUCAUCCCCGUCUACUCCUUUGACGUCUCGCCCUUUGCGGCGCUGCUGUCGGACGGCAAUGCGCACACCAUCACUCUGGCUAUUCCCAAGGCCGUGGCCGGUAGUAACUGGUAUUUCACUGGCUCGCUGCACCUGUGGACAGACGCUGCUGUGGCUACCACUGCUGGGGCUGCACCCACUGUCACUGGUGGUGACCUGGUAACCCCCAUCACAGAAACCGCAACGGGAGCAUCCGGGACCAACGGAGUCUUCGGCACAACAGCAACACGAGACUACACUAUCACAGGCACCGUCACCACCGCAGCAGGCAUUGUGCAAACCGUCGUCACCAGCUCUCUUGCCUUUGACGCCACUGUAACCUCGGCCAGCAAUCAGUGGGUGCAGGUGUGGCGCCAGAACAUCGCUGGUGCGGUUACUGUUACGCGGUCGGUUCCGGGAGAUACAGCUACAGUGGCGUCGACGGCGGUUGAGAGGUUCAACUUCCCUCUCUUCAUGAACCAGACACGCCUCGAUGCUGCAGGCUCUGUCUACUUCCUCACUAACAACACAUUCAACUACUACCAGCCUGCUGACGCGUCCCCAUCAGCCGCCCUGCAGGCAUACCUGCACAACGAGCGCAUCGCAGGGUUCAAGGAGACCUACAAUGCUAAAGGCUCAGUCCAGAGCCGGACUAUCUACUCCAACCACACGUUCGAGCUCGAUAGCUACACCGGGGGCGGGUGUUAUCUGAGGAAGGUUGUAGCUCAGCCGCCUACGGUGGGGAUUCAGUCAGAUGUGGUGUCGACAGUGUGUUAG